AUGUAUUCGAAAUCUGACGAACACGAUACUCUGGGGGACCUCCCGCUUCAUCGACCAGAUUCUACUCAACAGGCCACAACUAAAAACCUGCCACACAUCAUGCUCGAAAAUUGGCCUACACAGACUCCAACUUGGCGCCACCACUGUUAUGUGGUUUACACUGUCGACUUCAGGGUUCGUUCCCAACGUGCCCGAGGAGAUCCCUCCCUUACCAACCGAGCGGACAGAACCCACGAUCACAUAGAGAGUGGUCUGUUCGUACAGACACACGCGAAAAGGAUGUGCGGUCAUCUUUACAUGCCUCGAAAACACCCGAUUUACGAGUAUUAUGUGCUUCAGAGCCAGAGACUUGACAACAUUAGGCAGCACGAGUAUUUCGAGUCUGAUGCCGCCAUCGGAUUCAUAUUCAAGAAGGAUUAUCAAAACUCCUUCUAUCAGAUUCUCCGGGAGAUACAGUUACCGGAAAAGAAAAACCCUGAGGACUCGGCUCUUUAUCGACGCCAUGACAUCAACGUCCAACCUUUCCCCCCUGAGAACUCGACGGACUAG